AUGCACAUCACCAUCAUCGGUGCUGGCCUCGGCGGCCUCUCUACAGCCCUCUCCCUCUCCCUCGCCGGCCACAGAGUUACCAUCCUCGAGAGCUCUCCCACUCUCGCCGCCCUCGGCGCGGGCGUCCAACUAACACCCAAUGCGACCCGCCUCUUCUGGAAAUGGGGCCUAGAGUCCGCAAUCCUCUCGCACGCCGUCCUCCCAGCCUCUUUCAACAUCAGAAGAGACUCCGACGACACCUUGCUGCGAAAAGUAGCUCUGGACGGCUUCAAAGAGCGCUACGGAGGGCCCUAUCUAGUGAUCCAUCGCGCGGACAUCACUCGGAUCCUGUUCGAGCGCGCCGAGGAAAUCGGCGUGAGGGUCCGGUUCGGGUGUACAGUCACCGAGUACGAGUUUGACGCCGGCGCGGUGCGACUGGAUUCCAGCGAAGUCGUAAGAGCCGACCUGGUCGUCGCAAGCGACGGGAUCAAAUCCCUCGCCCGCGACCAGCUCCUCGCGCACCUAGGCAAAGCCGAGGAGGAGGAGGAGAACAAGUGGGCGCAGAAAACAGGCUGGGCUGCGUACCGCCUCACCGCUCCCGUGGCCAAGCUGCGCGAGAACCCCCUCACGCAAUCCCUCGCAGCGGACUCGAACUGCAACUGCUGGAUCGGAGAGAGCAGGUCGGUCAUGACGUACCUCAUGCGCGGCGCCCAGAUCCUGAACAUCGUGCUCUCGCACCCCGACGACGUCGACACGAGCCGCUGGACGCCGGCGCAGUACCGGCACGCGAUCGCGCUCCUCUUCGGCGAUGUCAGUCCGUCGCUGCAGGCUCUGCUGGCGCUCGCUAACCCCGAGGUGCAGAACUGGCCCGUGUACCAGAUUCGUCGCCUGCCGGCGUGGACGGCAGGCGCGGGCCGGUUCGUCCUGAUGGGCGACGCGGCGCACGCCAUGGCGUUCUAUCUGUCGAUGGGGGUGUCGAUGGCGAUUGAGGACGCGGAUACGCUGACGGGGUGCUUGGCGCUGAUGGAGAGGGAGGGAAAGAGUCUGCUGCACGCCAUGGCUGCGUUUGAUCGGGUGAGGAGGGGUAGGGCCGAGGCUGUGAAGGAUGCGAGCUUGCAUGCUGGGCGGAUGCUGCAUUUAGGUGAGGGGGAGCUUAGAGAGGUUAGAGAUGAAGCGAUGGGGAGGGAUGGGGUAGAGAAGAGAGAUGAUGUAAGCAGUAUCAAGCCGGCAGAAGAUGCAAAGGAGGAGUUUUGGAAGAGCAAAGUGGCCUAUGGGAUUGCAGAUCAGGAAAUCAGGGACUGGUGCUACGGGUAUGAUGUCCAAGGGGAAGUGGCCAAGGCUUGGUCUAGGCUUCACUCACAGUAUACUUUCCAAGUUAAAUCUCAGCGCAAACUCAAUCCCAAUCUCAAACUCAAACUCAAUUUCAACCUCAAUCUCAAUCUCAAUGUCAACCUCAACCUCAACCUCAACCUCAACCUCAACCUCAACCUCAACCUCAACCUCAACCUCAACCUCCAUCUCAACCUCAAUCUCAAUUGCAAUCCCAAACGCAAAACCCGAACCCGAACCCGAUUUGGAUCAUCAUAG